CUUACGAGUGACAUUUGUGAACUUGACCCGCAAAAUCCUGGGCGGGUAGUUCGACCCGAAAAAAAAAAAAACCGAGAGGAUCCGAAGACAGGGUUUAGGGUUUAAGACACUUGACAUCUGCAAAUAAACACCUUUUCUUCUCUCUCGCUUGGAAUUUAAGAUGGGUGUUAAAGCAAGGAAGAAAGCAAUAACAAAGCAAUUGAAAAAAGGUGCAAGUGAUUUUUCUGCUUCUAAAGAUGAAGCUCGUGAUUUUCUGCCAUUAGAAGGUGGGCCAGCGCAGAAGCUUCCAAAGACUGAAGUGAGGGAAAGCAAAGCAACAGUGUUAUAUAUCGGGAGAAUCCCGCAUGGCUUUUAUGAGAAUGAAAUGGAAGGUUUCUUUAAGCAAUUCGGUCCAAUCAAGAGGCUUAGAAUUGCAAGGAAUAAGAAGACAGGAAAAUCAAAGCAUUUUGGCUUCAUAGAAUUUGAGUCUCCUGAGGUUGCAAAAGUUGUUGCGGAUACUAUGCAUAACUAUCUCUUGUUUGAGCACUUAUUGCAAGUUCAGCUUAUUCCUCCUGAACAUGUACAUCCAAGAUUGUGGAAAGGUGUGAACCGCUGGUACAAACCCUUGGAUUGGGUUAAAAUUGAAAGGAAGCGUCAGGACAAGGAAAGAACACUGGAUGAGCACAAGAAGUUGGUUGAAGGAAUACUAAAACGCGACAAGAAGAGGCGAAAGAGGAUUGAAGCAGCUGGAAUUGACUAUGAUUGCCCAGAAAUUCAAUGUUAUUUGCAGGUGGGUUCAAUUCAGGCUGCACCAAAGAAAAUCAGAUUUGAUGCAGAUUAGAUAUUUCCAGCACAACUGAGGCAGCAAGUAGAUUAGUAUGUUGGCAGUUUGUAUCACAAUUCACGGUCAUGUAAGCUCUACGGUCACGGCCCUUGAACUAUGCGAUUGAUGGAAAGCUGUGUGCUGCUUAAAUGUACGAAAUUGCCAAUGGCUGUGGAAGAUAGGCAGCCGCCUUAGAUUUCUUCUGAAAGAAUUAUCAUUAGCAUAGACGACAUUGAGGCUCUUCUGGCGAUUUGUUUUUGGACUGUAAGCCAUUCCAAGCAUCUACCUAUAGUAGCUUCAGUUUUUGUAACCUACCUUGAAGAAUCAAGAAUUGUGGCAUUCCUUGAGUGAUAAAAUGAAUUUAUCUGGGCCUCUGGCUAGUACAUUAUCUCAAAGUAUUUGGGCUUUGAUGUGCCA